AUGAAUCUGACUCAUUCACCUCUUCUCACAGGCUACGCCCAGUCUGGACAUGUGCUCCAAUGCAAGACAAGAUUCCUGAAGCCUCAAGUAAGAGAUGCUGUUCUCAACGCUCUGCAGCAAGAUGCAAAUUCAAAGCCCGUUGACGUGGUCGAGUUUCACUAUCCUUCAGGCACGUGGCCUAUGAAACUCGAUCAACCCCGGGAGAGCAAUGAGCUGUGGACAUGGGGACAUGGCGAAUCUGUGACUGGCCGUAUCCGGGGCCUUGAACAGUCUGUCGAUGAUAUCUUCCGCUAUCUUGAGAAAAAUGGCCCAUUCCUCGGGGUCAUGGGAUUCUCCUCGGGUGCUGCUGCGGGUGCUAUAAUUGCUUCUCUUUUGGAGAAAAGACACUCGAUCGGCAAUUUCCAAUUUAAUACGGACCACCCCCCUUUGAAGUUUGUGGUUGCGGUUUGUGGGUUUGCAUUGAAAGACCCUCUUUACAACGACUUUUACAGUCCGAAAAUUGAGACGCCGAUAUUCCUUGCUAUUGCUAGCCUGGACGUAAUAGUCGAUGGAUCUGAAUCGCUGAGACUGCGUGAUUCAAGCACAAAUACAGCUUUGUGCUUUUUCGAGGGGGCACAUUAUGUCCCACGAGACAAGGUAUUUUUGAAAUCCUUGGUCCAGUUUAUUGAAGAUGCUUUGAGCAUCAAAGAGGACCACGAGGAGGAUUGGGAGGAUUGUGGAGAUAAUUGCGGAUUGCAGUAG